AAAAAAAACACCUAGCUUCCGAAAUGUGACAUAGUUGACCUAAAUUUUGUUAAUUCUAGUCAAUUUAACGCUAUACUGUAAAGCAAUACUAUAUUUUGUGUACUAAUUCUAAGAGAAUAUUUAUUUUUAGAAAAAUAUUAAGUUACUAAGAGCCUAAAUAAUAUUUUUGUCUUUAAGUCCUUGUUACAUUUGUGUAAAAAGUGUUAAAAUCUAUACAGUACAAGUCGUGAUGUCUUUAAAUUUGUUCAUUAGAAUGAAGAUUUAAAUUUUAUACAAUUCCUUCUAUAUUUCCCUGUUAUAAUAGUUUUAUUCUUGAAUUUAUAUCGUUACAAAAAUGUCUUUCGUGAAAUGUUGUUUUGAAGCUGGCGAGGGCCACGAUUUUUUGGACUCCUUCGUGCAAAAAUGUACUGAUCCUGGCUGUUGCUGCGGCUGUUGCUCCGCGCUCCGGCCUCGCUACAAGAGACUGGUGGACAACAUCUUCCCCGCGAUACCACAGGAUGGACUCGUCAAGACCAACAUGGAGAAACUCACCUUCUACUCGCUGUCGAGUCCUGAGAAACUGGACAGGAUCGGAGAGUACCUGUUUCAGAAAGCCUCCAGAGAUAUCUAUAGAAGACGACAUGGGUUCGUGAUAAUAGCGAUGGAGGCGAUGGACCAACUGCUAGUGGCGUGCCACUCGCAGACGCUCAACCUGUUCGUCGAGAGCUUCCUCAAGAUGGUGCAGAAGUUGCUGGAGUCCACCGACCCUCAGCUGCAGAUACUUGCUACACAGAGUUUCGUUCGUUUCGCGAACAUAGAGGAGGACACGCCGUCGUACCACCGGCGCUACGAUUUCUUCGUGUCCAAGUUCUCGGCCAUGUGCCACAGCAACCACAUCGACAAGCCCACCCGGGAUAGCAUACGGCUCGCCGGCAUACAGGGACUGCAGGGUGUGAUAAGAAAGACCGUGUCGGAUGACUUGGUGGAGAACAUAUGGGAGGCACAGCACAUGGACAAGAUCGUGCCUUCGCUGCUCUACAAUAUGCAGACUGCAGAGAAAUACGACACGGUGCUAUGCAUGGAAGGCGGCGCGGGCGAGGAGCAACCCGCGCGGUUAGCGGAGGCGUGUCUCAGGGAACUCGUGGGCCGGGCGUCCUUCGGACACAUACGCAGCGUACUGCGACCUGUGCUCACUCACUUCGACCGACACGAGUUGUGGAUACCGAACGACUUCGCAGUACACACGUUCAAGAUCAUCAUGUUCUCUAUACAGGCGCAGUACUCGUACAGCGUGGUGGAGGCGCUGAUGCAGCACCUGGACGCGGGCGGCAACCGCAGCGGCGACCCGCGCGACUACACGCGCGUCCGCGCCGCGCGCGCCGCCGUGCUCUCCAACAUCGUCGCCAUCGCCGCCGCCGACAGCGUCGGGCCAUCAGUUUUGGAGAUCAUCAACAAUCUGCUGACUAACUUGCGCGCGUCCGUCGCUAGAGAUUCUGAAAAAGAAACAGACGAAAAGCUAUACCAAGAAGCUUUGAUCAACGCUCUGGGCGAGUUCGCGGACCACUUACCCGACUUCCAGAAAAUAGAUAUUAUGAUGUUCAUCAUCAACAAGGUGCCGAGCAGUCAGCGCGCCAACAAGGGGACCAAAGCUGAUGCUAUGUUGCAGAGUAUACUGCUUAAAUCUUUACUCAAGGUGGGUACGACAUACCGCACGGUGGAGCUGAGCAAGGCGUUCCCGGCGGCGUUCCUGGAAGCCCUGCUCCGUUUGGGCGGCGGCGCCGGGGCCCGCGCGCGGACCACGCUGCAGCGCAUCCUGCAUACCUUGCUGGAUCGACGGGACAACGCGCCCAGACUCGCUUCUCCCACUGUGGAAGUAUGCGAGCUGGGUCUGAUAGUGGAGAAAUGUUCCCGACAGGACCUCAUCUUCUUCAGCAAGCACGGGUACGCUCUCUUCAGCUCGCUCUAUGAAGGUCUGCAGCUAGAAUCGAACACGAUGGAGAACGUGGAGGCGAUCUACACGACGCUAGCGCUCAUCUGCAUCGAGCUGGCGUCUGAGGAGACCGUCUGCGACAUCAUGCAGCUUAUAUUGGCCAUCCAGCAGUCAAGUCUAUCGAACCCAGUACUGUCGGUAGCCCAGCAAUGCCAACUUCAAGCCAUCAGCAUCUCGCUGGCGGCGCUACUGCCGCACGUCAUGAUGCACACCCGCCUCACUGACUACAUCAACAAGAUAAUAGCAGCCAGGCGCGAGGAAGCUCCCCACCUCCUCCCUCCACUACAAGAGGACUAUGACGACCUCCCCCCCGCCAAGAUGCCUAACAAACUGCCUUACCUCAUGAUGGAUCAGAUGGCACUAUGCGACCUGCUGAAGUCCCACGGAGUGGACGUGACGCGUCUGUCCUCUACAUCGCCCUACACUGCUGGGAACGUGGCUCUGCCGCACCGACAUAGCUGGGUUGAGGCUGGCGCAGCUCAAGGCCGCGACAGUCUCGCGGAGAUCACGGCGCCUGGCACUGAACUGGACAGUGCCAACAGCUCGCCCGGAGUACAACGGGCAAACGGCACGGCAUCAUGCGUGAGCCUGGAAGCGCUGCGUCGCGCGGCGGGCGGGCCGAGCGCGGCGGAGCGCCGGGACGCCGAGCGGCGCCGCGCCACGCUCAACAACGCCUUCCGCACCGCGCCCUUCGACCAUCUGCUGCAUAUUACACAGCCUAAGUACGAGAUCAAGGACAAGUUGGAGGAGAUCUUCAACUCGAUCAGCGAGGAGCCCCUGCUGCCGGGCUCGGGCGCGUGUUCCCCCGCCGCACACAAGUCCUACACCAGCGCCGUGCCGCCAUACACCAAGUACUUUCCGGAGCUGUUCCUCUACUGAGCUUAUUGUGUUCAAAUCCAAACCGGUGGAGGAAUACCAAUCUUCAGUAGUGGCCUGUGGAUGUUAGUUUCGCUCGACUUAUGCUAAGGUAUACGGUAUCGGCUCGCAGAUGACAUCGUUCGUGUGAUCACUUACCUCAAGACUGCCUGGAUGAUAAUACUUUUGGCCUAAACUAUUAAUCAUUAUCCUGACAUGUAAUAUGGUGAGAUUUUGUCAUAGUUUAUUUUGUGGUUAUUGCUAUUGUUUAAGUCUUAACCCGUUGUAUGCCGGAACGCAGAUCUACGCGAGACACAAUGUGUUUUCUAUUGUUGUCUUAUAUACGGCAUACGAGGGGUUAAACAUGUCUACUUGGGAGUAAAUAAAUGUAAGAGUGCCGUGUAUGAGAGAGAGCUCAUAAGUGUAACAAACACUUUAUGAAAACCGCAUCAAAAUCGGUUCAGCCCAUCGUGAGAUAAUCGCUGACAAACAUACGCAGGUCAAACUAAGAAUCUUCUUUUGUGAAGUGAGUUAAUAAGAAUAUGUAUAGACGACCUGAUUAAAGAUUAGUAUAUCUGGAAGUCAUUAGGGGAGGCCUAUGUUUAGUAGUGGAUGUCUUGUGGCUGAUAUGUUAAGACAAGAAUAAGAAAAGAAAAACGUAACUAACUUUCUUAAACUACGACAAAAUCUUCCUAUAUUUCAUGUCGGGUACCAAUUCAUAUAAACAAUGUCUUUGCGAAAUAUUCAAUUUUUGACAUAAUACUAUAUAAUAAUUGAAAUAAUCGACGUGUAAUCUGACUUUGGCUCCAACUUUGAUAAUAAUAAGUAAUGUAUAACGACUUAACUACAUUCCUGUUGCUUUUACUCACAAUAUUGUAAUUAUUAUAUUGUUAUAGGAGAAUCUCUUAUUACUAAUGCAUAUAUAGGGCAUUUGUUAUCAAUUGUGACUUAGGUAGUAUCUAAUUAAAAAACACUCCCGAGUUAUGUAAAUUUUCGAGGGUGAUCGACCACUUUCAAGCCUCACCGGGGCUUAUAAUCAUGAUGCGUAUCAUUUUGUAUGCGGCAAUCGACUUCGCCACUAAAUUCCCAAACUUUAAUUCGAUUUUAUCUAAGACUAGACUUUUCUUAUUUCGAAUAAUUUCGGCAAGAAACAAAUGGCUUUUAUUUUUUAAAUAUAUGCUCAUGAAACGUUUUUUGUUUCUGUUAUUUGUAUCGUGUCAUCCUUCCUGCAAAUUAACUAAAAUUGAACUUCUUGACAUGAAAAUGACGCUUUAUGAGACAUAAUAUGUAAUUAAAAAUACAUUUUCUAUAGUCACAAUUAAUAACAAAACUAUAACUAUUUGAUAUUUAGUAGGUGGCUAAGGUACGGUGUGGUUUGGUGAAAGCAAUAUUCUGUUUUUUAUGUUGCCCUGGUAGGGACCAACUGUCUGGCUGAGAGAUAUCUAUCAGAUAGACUUAUCUACUGAUUUAAAUAGACGUCUUUUUUUACCUAUGAAACUGCUGUCUUUCGUGAAAAAAUUUUUAAGGUAAAUGUCAAUUUUGAGAAUAAAAAGUUGAUGUGGUUUGUUCAAAUUUGAUGUGAUGAAAAGAGAAUACUAAUAAAUUAUUGAUUUUAAUAAAAGAUUUUAAUGAUUUGGAUAAAGAUAACAAGGGCGUUGCCGGCCUUUUGUGGGUUAGGAAUUUAAGGGUGGUUGGGAGAUCGGGGAUUGGGAAGAUUGGAUUCAUUGGGGGACACGGAUACAACGGUUAUGGUUACACUUUGGCAACGGGUGUCUUGUGACUAAAUAAAGGCCUAUGUAUGUUCAGCAUUGAACGUCUUGCUAAUAUGAUAAAAAUGACUAUGAAAAAAAAAUUGAAAUGGCCGAAUGACAGUUUCAUAGGUGAAGUGACAUCUUAUUAAUAUAUCGUGGUUAUUGAGAGAGAUAUAAUUACGUAAUUGUUUAGAAGAAGUAGAAAAAUAUGUAGGCUAGUACAAAUGUUUGAUUUUGGUCGGUAAAGUUAUUGGUCAACUGUGAAAAGUAUUUUGAUUGAUCGUUUUGGUGAAAUGUUAGGUUGCCUUAUACAAUAAUUGAAAGAUUUAUUGAAAGUAUAAUUAUGAAUUCUUAUUUACUACGUCAAAUGAACAUUUAUCUAUAGUACAAUUUCUCAGUAGUAGCACGGAGUCUGGAAUUGUGCCCAGUAUAUGGCAAUAGGCUCACCCCCUACUACAUGGGACUUAUAACACAAAUGGUGAAAAAUGGGUGUACAUUGUAUAGCAGCAUUACGAGCCGUAAUGUGCACCUCUGCCUACCCCUUCGGGGAUAAAAGGAAUGACGGUACUACUAUCAAAUUACCAUAAAUGAAAAGAGGUUUAUGUUAGAGAACCAGUUAUUGUGUCUAUUUUUAAACUUCACAAUUUAGUAAACGCUUUAAUGCAUUCAAGCUAUGUUAUAGCAAGAUAUUUAUUAUGAAUUGUUAUGUAUUUAUAAUCGACAUUAUUCAUAUAAUUAUAUGAAUUAAUAUAAUUAUAUCAGUAUCCCAAUAUUUCGUAUUAUGAUUGUAUUAUUUACGUUUAUAUGUAUAGCUAAGUGAAUGAUAUUCUUACACCUAAAUAAUUAUUAAUAUAAUGUGAUUAAUUUAUUAUAUGUUAUUGUGAAUGUGUUUUUAUACUGUUUUAAACAAUAUUAUGUUUAAAUAUUGUCUUAAAACUUAUACAUUUGUUAGAAUUUAAACCUUUCAUUUUAUUAGGACACCAUGGUCGCACUUCCAACAAAAUGUAUUCAGUUGUAUAGAGGGUAUCUUACCACAAGGCUUACUGCAAUUUAUUUACUAGUAAAAACAUGCUUAAUUUUACGGCUUAUAGCUUAAGCCAAAUACAUUAUUACAGUUUAAAGUGAUAACGCAAUUGAAAUGUCACCGCGUUCAAUCCUCUGAUUGGCUAGCUCCAAUUAACUAACCAAUCAAAAGCUGAAAAGACUGUUGUACGACUAUGGUGUCCAAUGAAAUGAAAGUCCUUACCUCCGCACUCAGAGAUAUUUAAUAAUUCCUUAGUAACGACUUUAUCCCAAAAACAUUUGCUCAGGACUGGGUUAAGUUGUUAAGUAACCAUUAAAUGACUCUGAGUGUGUCGGUUAGUCCUUAAAAUGCUAAUGUUGUACCUAAACCAUGUAGAAAGAGUUUCUUUCAAGUAACACUGCCUUUAAGAUUGAGCUGUUUAUAGCAGAUCAUGAGCGAAUGAUUCGUCGCUUCUAUGUCCAUUAAAAUGUUAAGUACCUGUUGUAAAAUUGUAAUGAUUCGCUCAUGAAAUGCAAUAGCCUUAGUACGACCUUUUACGUUGAACGAAAUAGAAACAAGAGCGUGUUCGCCGUACCCUUAGUAUAAGUUUGCUUUACGUUUAACGUAAUCGGAACGAGAGCGGCGCUCUGAUUGGUUGGUUUAUUCGAGCCGACCAAUCAGAGAGCCGAACCCCAUCCCCUUUUACAUGGGACUUAUAACACAAAUGGUGAAAAGUGGGUGUACAUUACGUGCCGUAAUGUGCACCUCUGCCUAACCCUUCAAGGAUAAAAAGGCGUGACGUUGGUAUCAAACUCAUACUAAGGAACAGAGCGCUAAACGGACUCUCGUUUCGAUCUCGUUAAACGUAAAACAAACUCGUACUAAGCCCUUUGUUCAGCAUUUUUUGUAUAAUCUUUUUGAUAUGUUGUAGAAAAGCUAAUUGCUUCCGACAUUUUAUAUACUGUUUGAAAGAGUUAAUGUUUGCCUAUACGAGGAAUGUUUUGUCUGUCUUGAUUCAACUGCAUCGCUGCAAGUUCUCUUCUAUUAAUAUUUGACAUGGUGAAAAGCUUCAUCCGUUAUCCAAAUUACAUGUUUGCAGCCUUUCGGGUUAAAAACCUAGUAAGGGCAAGUACCAAUGUGACUUUUUCCGAGUUAUAUGUACUUUCUAAGAUUAUUUAGACACUACUGACAAACGGUGAAAGAAAACAUCGUGAGGAAACCUGAGCUUAUAAUUUCUAAUUAUAAUUAUAAGAUCUUAUUAUAAGUUAGAAAGAAGUUAAUUUCUAAUUAUAAGUUUGAAAUUGCUAACACGCAUUGAGAAGUCGUGGUGAUUAAUGCUCAAACCUUAUGAGAAGAUUGGUUGCAUAGAUAAAGUGUUAAGUAACAAACAACUAAAAUUACUUUUGCAUUUGCAUUGCAAAAAGUACUCACGAUGCAGUUGAAUCAAGUUGUUGGUGACAUUUUUCACAAACCUGAAUUAUAAGCAGUGAUAGGAAUAGGUAAUGCUUAUUAGCCUACACUUUAAAGAAGAGACUUCCUUAUUAUUAUAUCACUGAUUAUAAGCCUCUCGUUAAGCCCCUUCACUAAUAUGUUUGUUGGUCAAUUUAGUACAUUUUUAGUAAAAACAUGAAUAUUGCGGGCGGUGAAGGUGCGCGGUGGACGGCGGGUGAAAGUAUAUGUAUGUGUAUAUAAUCGUUGCAUCGUUCUAUGUACUUAAUGUUAUAUACUAAAUGUAUCGUUCAGUACUCGGUUGUGUACUAAAUAAAUGUGGUUCCAAUUAUA